UCGUUCUGCUUGAAAGCGCCUAUGGUUCGCCCAAUAAACCUGUUUCGAGAGGUUCAUCGCGGAUUUUCUUCCUUCGAUCGUCAGUUGAAGGAAGCCUCGAGUUAGAGAGAGAGCGACUGCUGGUUUGAUGGAAGUAAAAUUGUUGAAGGAAUAUGUUCCAAAAAGUGUUCUUAGAAAGUUUUCCUUUUGAUGUAAAGUUGUGCUGAGAAUAUUUGCAUAUCACUGUGGCGAUUAAGAAUCUCUUGUUUAAACUCCUAAGUCACGAUAAAGGGGUUUCUUUUCUUGGGGCUGAGUAAAGAAUUCAUAUCGGAAAUUGUACAGAUAACUCUAUUUGACUUCAAAAAGACGCCAUGCUAUGGAUGUCAAAGGUAUAGCUUGGAUGGAAAAUAUAUACCAUAAGUUUGAGGCUAUGUGCCUGGAGAUGGAAGAGGUUAUGUACCAGGACACGGUUGAAUACAUGGAAAAUCAGGCGCAGAAAGUCGGCGUCUGUGUGAAGAAGUUCUAUUCUGAAGUCAUGGAAAACUUGCUUCCUCCAUCAUGUGUAGAUCCCGUGAAAGAAUCUACCAAUGACUUGUCUCUUAACCCUUAUGAUCGUACUGAUGUAAAUAAGAAGCCGUUGCCUAGCAUAUGGGCCAAUCACGGAUCUCUGGAGAAGAAACUAAAUGAAGAUAGAGUUAUCUCUGAUAUGAUAUCUGAAAAAGAAUCGUCCACUAGACGUUGCAGUGACAGUGCUGACUCUCCUGAUGUCGUCUCUCCUGCAGUAUCUAUGGAUAACAAAUUGCAUGAACCAUUUUGCGGUAAAAGCAAGAAACUUGGAGCAUACAGACGCAGAAUUGGAAUUAAAAGAAAUUCUCAGGAUGAUCAUCCUGCAAAUGAUUCCUCUCGGGUGACGUCUGUUUUGGGCAACAGAAAUACUGAUGCUGUAUCUUUGGACAUGAGAAGUAGUUCUCUAACAGCCUUUGCCAACACAACUGUUAAACCAUUCUCUACCUCGGAUAAGAAAUGUGUAAAAACUGUAAAAGAAAAUGAACCUAAGGAUGAUAAUUCCCCAGCUCUGUCUGAGUCAAAAACGAAUUUGUCAGCCAAGAUUUUGUGGCAAAAUGAAGAUGAUUCUGAGCAUGUCAAAGAAUCUAUUAUGAAAAAGAAUCAAGUCUCCGACUAUGCAUCAACCUGUCGCCACUCGCCCACACAAUAUACCGGUGAAUCCACCGAUGAAACUUCAGUUCCUAUGUUGGGUUCGAGUAUGAAAACUAAUGCUUGUAGUGUUGAAUCUGAGGCCGAGCCAAUUGGAACAAAUGAAGGUAAAUCCAUGCUAGGGGGCUCAUCGGAUAUGAGCAGUAAUAUGUGCAAUGUUGAGUUCAGAGAUGAGGAUGAUACAAUGUGUGAUGAAGACGAAUUCAAAGCUGAGUUGAUUACAAAUGAGCAAGCUACUGGAUCGUCACUAGACAAUUUUGAUCCAUUCGAGGACGCAAAUUUGGAUAAUUCUUGCGUGCUUGUGGAAGGAUACAAACUUUGCUCCCAUCCUCAGGAGACUAAAACAAGAAUAUCUUACAAGAAUAAAAUCCGCAGAGCUCUUUCAUCGAAAUUGAGAUCAACAAGAAAGUAUGAUCGCUUCGUUUCAACACAGGAUGAUUCCGGUUUGAACGAGAAUGCAGAUACGUCGUCGUUUUUGUCGAUUCCGGGUUUGAGGAGCCCUUCUGAGCUUGAUGAUUGGGAACUUCUGUAGAAUGUGGUAAGUUUCCCACAAGUGAAAGCUGUAGUGUUUGUGUUGCUGAUACGCAUUUAUCAGCCAUAUUAUGGAACUUUUAAAUCGACGCUUUCAGUGGGAAGUAAUUAUGUAUAGGGAAAAAAGAAGUCUGGUUUGUUUGUAAUUCAAUAAUACUUUGAAUAUGAAUAAAUAUAUAUAUAUAUAUAUCGAAUUGAAUUUAAA